AUGGUCAUCCUAAUCAAACGACUGCGAAAUUCGCUCGCUAACGUUAAGUUGUCGGCAAUAGCAUUACGUUUAACAUUGAUCAUUGGUGUUGUGGUGUACGCAAUUACGGGUGCAUUAAUAAUGAGAUUCUUAGAAAAUCAUGACUUUAAUGAUAAUAAAAAUGAUAAUGAUCAAGAUGAGCAACCACUAAUUGCAAGCAGUUCCCAGCGAAGCCGACAAAAACGGCCGAAAAGCCCCUUCUCCAUUCCAUUAUUCCUUCGGUACUUUGAAUGUAAAUUCGAAAUUCAGACUCAUCAACAAUGCAUAAAAAGAGCGAUCGAAAUGAUGUUUAACACGACCGGUUGUAAUGAAGACGAAGUUGAUCGUUAUAUUAUCGCUGAUAUCGACGAAUGUUAUUUAUCAUUAAUUAGGUCGAAUAUUUUGACAGAGAUUGCUUUAGAGGACUCUGGAGCCAAGCCAGACGAAGAUACGGAUGGUUGGACAUUCACAGAUGCACUUAUUUUUGCGUAUACCGUUAUAACAACUAUAGGAUAUGGUAACGUGGCACCUGUAACGUUUGAAGGGCGCUUAUUUUUGAUAAUAUAUGGUCUGAUAGGUAUUCCGAUGACUUUGUUAACAAUUGCUGAUUUAGGAAUGUUUUUCUCAAAGGAAAAACAACAUGACUGCGAGAAGUUUAGUGGAUUGAGUGGAAAAAGUGAUAAGAAUAAUAAUAAUCGACUGGACAUUAUGAUGGGUAGCGUGAGCAGUGAGGAUAUCGCAAAUAGAGAGAUCAUCGAGGCUAUCGCUCUUUUGCUCACGUUUGCUGGUUAUUUGUUGUGUGGUGCACAUUUUUUGUCACUUUACGAACCAGAACUAGAUUAUUUCAAUGCAUUUUACUUCAGCUUCAUUACGUUGACUACUGUCGGUUUGGGAGACUUUGUUCCUAAAAGAGACAGUUUCUUAGUCAUAACGAUGCUCUAUAUAACGUUUGGAUUAGCCCUAACAACACUAGCGAUUGAUAUCGCUGGUGAAUACUUGCGACGAAUUCACUAUUUUGGACGUGAAAUCGAAAAUGCGGCCGAUGUGCACGUUUGGUUCGGAGGGCAAAAAAUGAAAGUCAGAGAUCUACUUCGACAUCUCGGUGAUCAGCUGAAUAUUCCAGCUGAUGCGAUGAAUAAUUUGGAUAUGGAUAAAUUUGUUGAUUCAGCGAUUAAAGUCGAAACUGGUGAAAUUAAGACUUUGCGAGUUCGUUUGAUUGGCUAUCAGUUCGUAUUCCAGAAACCUGAACCGAAAGUGCAAAUGAAACCAGCUGGACAUCCACUUAGCUAUCGAGAUCUUCGUAAAUCUGGAGAAUCCGUAACAUUACAAUAUGUGGACGAAUGGACGAACGGUACAACCACAGGUUCUACUCUCUAG